CACCGAUGCCCCACAAGUACCGCGUGAAGGUGGGGUCCAAACCGAAGGGCGUCGCCAACAGGAACGGCGGCCUGGAGUGGGUGAGGAAGCACGCCACCAGCGGAGUGAUAUACUUCGCGGAUGACGACAAUACCUACGACAUUAGAGUGUUUGAAGAGAUGCGGUACACCAAGCGCGUGUCCAUGUUUCCCGUGGGCCUCGUGACCAGCAAGGGGCUUUCGACGCCAGUUGUGAGGAACGGGAAAUUCGUCUCCUUCUACGACGGGUGGAUCAGCCGUCGGAAGUUCCCCGUGGACAUGGCCGGCUUUGCUAUCAGCGUGAAUUUCUUGCUGAAGAGACCGGACGCGAAGAUGCCCUUCGUGCCAGGCUACGAGGAGGACGGCAUGCUGAAGAGCCUCAACAUCACCAUGGACGAGGUCGAGUUCGUUGCUGAUAAUUGCUCAAAGGUGUAUGCGUGGCACACGAAGACAGGGCCCUCCCCUCAAGCCGCGAGGACCAUUCUGAGUCCCGAAUACAAUGACACGAAUCUCCGGAUGAUACGAGACACGCUGAUAAUGAAAAAAAAGUAAUGGUAUUGAACUUGUAGUGGAAUAUGGAACCCAAUACUUCUAUAACAAGUGUAAUUGCUUCAGCAGUGUGAUCUAGUCAUGAAGCAAGUAAAUGAAGCUUUGCAGUAACAUAUCUGUAUGUGGAAUUGUUCUUUGUUAAAUAUUUUACUAAAUACUGACCUAAUCUGUAAAUGCUGUAAUAAAGCUGGAAAAAGU